GCCUAAGUCGCCGCUGCUCCUUACGUACAGCCUCCAUCCUUGCAUCCACGAUUUGGUUUCAGUCAUGGUGGGUCUAGGUCAAGAGCAGGAUGCAGCUGCCGUUAACCAGGUGGCUCGCCUUACGAAUAUCAAUUAUGAAUCAGGAGCAUUUUCGAGUGGAUUUAUCAAAGAGGGUUGUUAAUAAAUUCAUAGAGCAACAGAUGCAAAUAUCCUUCAAGCAAUAUCGAUCAGAUUUGCAUCAAUACUAUUGUGAAUUCGAAGAUCCCGUAGAAGCCCGUGCAAACCCACCGGAAAGGCUAACGAAUCCAGAAGAUUGGAAUCAUCUAUGUGAUAGAUGGGAGACCCCUGAGUGGAAGGAAAUUACGAAGAAGAACAAAAAGAAUCGAGCAAAGCUCCCUUUCAACCAUCGAGCUGGUUCCAAGUCAUUCCUUCAAUUACAACAUGAAUUGAAAAUAAAAGAAGGUUCUGACAUUGGUCCGGUGGAUUUGUUCGGCGAGAGUCAUUACAAUGAAAAGGAUGGAUUGGUGAAUGAUAAUGCAGAAGAUGCAUAUGAAAACAUGCAAAAUCUGAUUAAAGCACCAACACAAGAAGGAUGUGAACCAGUAACACAACCAGAAGCUUGUAGAAAAGUUUUAGGUGAUCGACCAGACCAUGUUAAAGGUCUUGGUUAUGGCCCACAACCCACCCUGUGCAAAAGAGGCUCAUCAUCUAAUGUGACCUCUUCUACCUUGUACGAAAAAGAGUUGGAAAAGAAAGUGGAGGACAUGGAAGUUGAGAUGAGAGAGAUGAAGACAGAAAAUCAAAGAUUGAAGGAGUCAGUGUCAACAUGGGAGGAUAGAUGGAAUGAGAUCUCAAGGUUUAUGGCGGGAAGGCAGGGAGAUGGACCAUCGAACAAUUAG